AUGUCGUUCCUCAGCCAGCGCUCCGUGCCCCUUGCCUCGAAGGCUGCCAGUGUCCUGCGCACUGGUGCCACUCGCUCGGCUGCCCCCGCGACUGUGCGCCUCUUCUCGCAGUCGGCUCCGGCUCGCGACGUGAGCUUCGAGCUGAGUGAUGAUCAGCGCUCUUACCAGGAGCUGGCUCGCAAGUUCACCAAGGACAACAUCACCCCUGUCGCGCGCCACUACGAUGAGACCAUGGAGUACCCCUGGGAGGUGAUCAAGAAGGCCCAUGAGGUCGGUCUUCUGAACACCCACGUCCCCGAGGCUUUCGGCGGUAUCGGUCUUGGCCUUCAAGAGUGCGCCCUCAUCUCGGAGGAGCUUGCUUUCGGCUGCACUGGUAUCCAGACUGCCAUCGAGGCCAACGGUCUCGCCGAGGCCCCCGUCCUGGUUGCCGGUAACGACCAGCAGAAGGCCAAGUACCUCGGCCGUAUGACCGAAGAGCCCCUUGUCGCGUCGUACGCUGUCACUGAGCCUGGUGCGGGUUCGGAUGUCGCGAACAUCUCGACCAAGGCUGUGAAGAAGGGUGACAAGUGGAUCCUCAACGGUACCAAGAUGUGGAUCACCAACGGUGGUUACGCCAACUGGUACUUCGUCCUUGCCAAGACCAACCCUGACGAGCGCGCCCACAAGGCCCUCUCUGGUUUCAUCGUCGACGGUGACGCCAAGGGUGUGAUCCGCGGCAAGAAGGAGAUCAACAUGGGUCAGCGCUGCUCUGACACCCGUAUGAUCACCUUUGAGGACGUCGAGGUCCCCGAGGAGAACAUGCUCGGUGCUCCCGGUGACGGUUUCAAGACUGCCAUGGGUGCCUUUGACAUUACCCGUCCUCUGGUCGCUGCUGGCGCCGUUGGUCUCGCCCAGCGCGCCCUGUACGAGGCUACGAUCUAUGCCAAGGAGCGCAAGACCAUGGGCAAGCCCAUCAUUGCCCACCAGGCCGUUGCUUUCAUGCUCGCCGACAUGCAGAUGGCUGUCGAGUCGUCGCGUAACCUUGUCUGGAAGGCCGCUUGGGCCAAGGACCAGGGUAUGCGCAACAGCUUCUACGCCAGCAUGGCCAAGUGCCUUGCUUCGCGCGCCGCUGUCUCGAACGCCGACCAGGCCGUCCAGAUCUACGGUGGUCUUGGCUUCAACUCGGAGAGCGCUGUCGAGAAGCUCUACCGUGACGCCAAGAUCUUUGAGCUGUACGAGGGUACUUCGCAGAUCCAGCGUCUUGUUAUCUCGCGUCACCUCGCCGACCUCUACGACGCUUAA